CAUUCACACAAAGACAUGACUUUUUCUAUUUCCUCCGGCCUUCUUCCUCUCCUCCUCCUCCUCUUCCUCUUCUCCUCCGCCGAUACUCUGACUUCACCAUCCGACGUGUCAGCUUUAAAAGCUUUCAAAGCCACCGUGAAACCAAACUCAAUCCCACCGUGGUCUUGUCUUGCAAGCUGGGACUUUACUGUCUCCGACCCAUGUGCUUCACCACGUCGAACACAUUUUACUUGCGGCAUCACUUGCUCGUCCGACUCCACACGUGUGACCCAACUCACUCUCGACCCGGCCGGGUACACGGGUCGUCUCACGCCUCUUAUCUCCGGCCUCACAGAGCUUCUCACGCUCGAUCUCGCCGAGAACAACUUCUACGGUCUAAUUCCAUCCUCCAUCUCCUCCCUCCACAGCCUCAAAACCUUGAUUCUCCGGUCCAACUCGCUUUCCGGGUCAUUACCCGACUCAGUAACUCGACUCAACUCACUCGAAUCCAUUGACAUAUCUCACAACUCACUCACCGGGUCACUUCCCAAAACAAUGAACUCGCUCUCCAAUCUCCGACAGCUCGAUCUUAGCUACAACAAACUCACCGGAGCCAUCCCAAAGCUUCCGAGAAACCUCAUCGACUUAGCUUUAAAGGCGAAUACUUUAUCAGGACCCAUCUCAAAAGACUCAUUCACCGAGUCAACUCAGCUAGAAAUCGUCGAACUCGCUGAGAACUCAUUCACCGGAACUCUCGGAGCUUGGUUCUUCUUACUCGAAUCAAUCCAACAAGUAGAUCUAGCGAACAACACUCUCACAGGCAUCGAAGUCCUCCCUCCAAAACUCGCCGGAGAAAACAACCUAGUAGCUGUAGAGCUAGGAUUCAACCAAAUCAGAGGAAACGCUCCGGCGAGUUUCGCGACGUACCCGAGACUUUCGUCACUGUCUAUGAGAUACAACAUGCUUCACGGUGUGAUUCCGUCGGAAUACGAACGGAGCAAGACGUUGAGACGGCUUUACUUAGACGGAAACUUCUUGACGGGAAAACCUCCGGCGAGAUUUGUGAAACCAGACGCAGAAGUUAUGGGAAGUUUGGGGAAUAAUUGUCUACGGGGAUGUCCAGGGAAAGCUAAGAUGUGUGCUCCGUCACAGAAACCAUUUUACAUUUGUAAGCAAGCUUAUGGUGGAAAACCAAAGUCUUAGUUUUGUCGGUGUCGGUGACUUUUUGUGUCAGUGAUUUUGUAAAAUAAUGCUUUUAGUCUUGUUUUAAGGGAAAAAUGUUGUUUAAUAGCCCAACUUUUAAAAAAUGGCCAUUUUAACU